AUGAGCUAUAGAACGAGAUAUCCACCGCCUGGAAUGGGCGGGGGAACAGGCGGAAGGAACCCGAAUGCCGGGCCAAACCCUAAUUUUCAAACGAGAAACCCUACGCAGCAGCAGAAUUUACAAAGGGGUCAAUCGCUUAGUAAUCAGAAUCACCAAUUGUAUCAGAAUCCCCAUCAGCAACAAUGGCUGCGAAGAGCGCAGUUGUCGUCCGCUGAAUCAAACGUUGACGAGGUCGAAAAGACUGUACAAUCGGAGGCCACCGAUUCCAGUUUGCAAGAUUGGAAGGCACACUUGAAAUUACCACCUCAGGACACCCGUUACAAAACUGAGGAUGUUACAGCUACUAAAGGAAAUGAAUUUGAAGACUACUUUUUGAAGCGUGAGUUGCUUAUGGGAAUUUAUGAGAAGGGUUUUGAGAGACCGUCUCCAAUCCAGGAGGAGAGUAUUCCGAUUGCUCUAACUGGAAGUGAUAUCUUGGCUCGGGCAAAGAAUGGAACUGGGAAAACUGCUGCAUUUUGCAUUCCAGCAUUGGAGAAAAUUGAUCAAGAUAAAAAUUCUAUUCAAGUUGUCAUUCUUGUCCCGACACGAGAAUUGGCUCUUCAAACAUCACAAGUUUGUAAAGAACUUGGGAAGCACUUAAAAGUUCAAGUUAUGGCUACAACUGGAGGAACUAGCCUGAAAGAUGACAUAAUGCGUCUUUAUCAACCAGUUCAUUUACUUGUUGGGACACCUGGAAGAAUUCUUGAUCUAGCAAGAAAGGGUGUUUGCAUUUUGAAUGAAUGUUCUAUGCUCGUAAUGGAUGAGGCUGAUAAGCUUUUGUCUCCAGAGUUUCAACCUUCAAUAGAGCAGUUAAUUCGAUUUUUACCUGCAAACCGUCAGAUCCUAAUGUUCUCAGCUACAUUUCCUGUUACUGUAAAAGAUUUCAAAGAUCGGUACCUGCAUAGGCCUUAUAUCAUAAAUCUUAUGGAUGAGCUUACUCUAAAGGGUAUAUCCCAGUUUUAUGCUUUUGUUGAAGAAAGGCAGAAAGUUCACUGCCUCAACACCCUUUUUUCAAAGCUUCAAAUAAACCAAUCUAUUAUUUUCUGCAAUUCUGUGAAUCGAGUUGAACUUCUUGCCAAGAAAAUCACAGAACUUGGCUAUUCUUGCUUCUAUAUACAUGCUAAGAUGCUUCAAGAUCAUCGCAACAGAGUAUUUCAUGACUUCCGCAAUGGUGCCUGCAGGAAUCUUGUCUGCACUGACUUGUUUACAAGAGGGAUCGAUAUUCAGGCAGUCAACGUUGUUAUCAAUUUUGAUUUUCCCAAGAAUUCAGAAACUUAUUUGCACAGGGUUGGUAGAUCUGGAAGGUUUGGACACCUUGGUUUAGCUGUGAAUCUGAUUACCUAUGAGGACCGCUUCAACCUGUAUAGGAUCGAACAAGAACUGGGGACAGAGAUCAAGCAGAUUCCUCCACAUAUAGAUCAAGCAAUUUACUGCCAAUGA